CUCUGGUCAUCUCCUGUACUGUGUCCGCAGUCUCUGGCAUCUCCUGUACUGUGUCCGCAGUCUCUGGUCAUCUCCUGUACUGUGUCCGCAGUCUCUGGUCCUUCUCCUGUACUGUGUCCGCAGUCUCUGGUCCUUCUCCUGUACUGUGUCCGCAGUCUCUGGUCCUUCUCCUGUACUAUGUCUGCAGUCUCUGGUCAUCUCCUGUACUGUGUCCGCAGUGUCUGGUCACUUCCUGUACUAUGUCUGCAGUCCAUUGGUUCAGAAUAUUUUUUUUCUUGUUUUUCUCCUCUAAAACCUAGGCGCGUCUUAUGGUCA